AUGGCUAAGCGUAUAUUUUGGCGACGUAAAUGUCAUUAUUGGAAAGUAGAUAAUUUCGGCAACUUUUACAUACAGUUUAGAGAAUCCGGUAAAGAGGAUGAAUUUAACGACGAUGAAGAUUGGUUUAAUGCUAUUUUAACUAGAGGUAUGUGUACUUGUGCAGUUUAUGUCCCAUGUGCUCCGCCCCUUUUGCUCCGCCCCUUUUCUUUUACAAAGCUGCAGUUGGGUCAAUGUUUUUCUCACUCUGUCGAUAAGUACCCAACUGUUUUUUAG